AACCACCUAUGUCCUAACUCCUAAGCUAUGGAUUCCCCGUACAUUGCUUCCGUUUUACCUCAUUCCUCCUUCCUACUACAUCUUUAACGUCAAAAAGAAGCAAGUGCCUCCCCACUGCAACAUUUUACCCUUUUUACGUUUCUACCCUUCAACCACUACUCGUAUCGUAUGUGGUGAUAGGAAGGGUAUUUUUGUGAUAUGAGUGUCAUAAAGAUAGAGAGAAGGUAUAAGCAGCCGUUUUUUGAUUUGAGUUGGUGGUGAAGAAAUAAAAUGGUGUCGGAUGAGGACAUAGCGAAAGGAGUGGAGUCUCUUCUCCGUCACUCUGACCCAAACUCCAUAACCACGGUAAACGGCGUCGUUCAGCAGCUGGAGGCAAACCUAGGGUUAGACCUCUCUCACAAGGCCGCUUUCAUCAGAGACCAGAUCGACCUUCUUCUCCGCUCGCACCCACACCCUCCGCUGCAAAAAUACUAUUUUACCCCUCACCCCCGGCCCCAACCACACUUUCCUUCCCAUUUUGCCCUCCAUGAGAUGAUCAACUUCCAGCACCCCCACCCUCCUCCGCCCUCUAAAGUCCACGCCUUUCCUCAAAAUGUUGCUGCACCUCCUCCUCAAGUGCCCAAAGAAAGCCGUGUUCAAGCUGGAGGCAAAAGAAGAGGCGGUCCUGGUGGUCUAAACAGAGUUUGUGGUGUUUCUCCUGAACUUCAAGCAGUUGUUGGUGAGCCCACAUUGCCAAGAACUGAGAUUGUGAGGCAGUUGUGGGCAUACAUAAAGAAAAACAACCUCCAAGAUCCCGGUAACAAAAGAAAGAUAAUUUGUGAUGAUGCACUGCGUUUGGUAUUUGAGACAGAUUGCACUGACAUGUUCAAGAUGAAUCAGUUGCUAGCUAAACACAUUACCCCACUUGGACCUACAAAGGAAUCACAAGCUAAACGAGUGAAGGUGGAUACUGAAAUUAAAAUUGAAAGUGCUGAACCUACUUCAUCUACCAUGGUAAUAUCUGAAGCGCUUGCCAAAUUUUUGGGAACUGAGGGAAGAGUGAUGCAACAAUCUGAAGCCAUAAGACUUGUUUGGGAGUACAUCAAGCUUCAUCAUUUGGAGGAUCCUUUAAACGCAAUGGUGAUAUUAUGUGAUGCAAAGCUUCAAGAGCUGCUUGGAUGUGAAAGCAUUUCUGCUUUAGGAAUACCAGAGAUGUUAGCACGCCAUCAUCUAUUUAAACAAUCUGACACCUGUUAGUGCGGAUCAAUUAUUGCCGUAUAAGGGGAUGAUCCGCACAGAGCCUUAGUUAUAUGUUUAUGCUUGUUGGUAGAUCGUAUAGGAACUUUUUACUUAUUCCUGUAACUUCUUGUAUCCCUUUGUUCAUUGACAUAUGUAAAUUUAAUGUUGUCUGACGGUUAUUAGGUUCAUUGUUUAGAAUGACAAUGUAUACCUUGAGCUAGGCAAGAAGUAUGUUGUAUUUA